ACGGCGUACAGGAGCAUCAUCGGACACACACUAACACAGACACGAGGUGCAGGUCUAUGGAGUAUACACAGGCGCGGAGCAUCCCGAAUCACAUCGACAAGCAGAAGCCCCACAACUCGUGCACUGCUGUGCGGGGUUAAAACUUCCUUUCUGCCUGGACAGAGGCACGGACAUUGAAAGGAGAAGAAGUCUGCACGGGUCAGUCGACACAGGGACAGCUUUAAAUGUUUAUCAAGUGAAUUUUGAAUGAUAUUUGUCGGACUGCGUAUUACUGCGUACUGGACACCGGGAGUGCACGCGCGGACCACUGAGUGCUGACUGAUGUCACGCGCUGUGUUUUUCCGCCGCCGCCGUUUGCACUUCUCCAAAACACUGAGAUAAAGUGAGCGGAAGGUCAUCCGAAAAUGCAUGUCAACUGAUCCAAGAUUUUUUAUUUUUUUAUUUUUAGCGCUGUGAUUUGGAAAACUGGGAAUUGAUUGGGAAGUGAGUGAACAACCCAGCACUUAAAGAAGCACUUUCAGGAGGUGAGGAAAGUCCUGAGAGAAUGUGGAGUCGUGGGGUGAAGCAUGAGCUGCCGGUGUGUUGCUUUUAGACUGGCGUGUCUCAUGUGUCCAUGGGAGUGUAUUUUACUAAGCCUCCACUGCUGGGUUGUAGCCUCGGCCACAGGCUCGCGGGAUGCUGCUGGUCCAUUCGGCUGGCUCCUUUCAGACAAAGGGCCUUUUCAUCAGUCGCAGGAAUUUACGGAGUUUGUGGAGCGCUACCAACAGGGCUUCACCACCAGGUACAAAAUAUACAGAGAGUUCGGACGCUGGAAGGUGAACAGCUUGGCGCUGGAAAGAGAAGACAAUGGCAUUGCUUUGCCCCUCGACCCAGAGUUCAUGCAGACCAUCAGGCAGCUGGGCCGCCGUCCCACCCUCAGUGCCAUCACCGAAAACAUCAUCAAGAAAUACGGAACACACUUCCUGCUCUCGGCUACACUGGGAGGUGAAGAGGCUUUAACUAUUUUUGUAGACAAGAGGAGACUGAGCCGCACUGCCGACCCGACCGACACCAACAGCACAGCUGUGACUCUGGAGGCACUCCACCAGCUGGCUGCCUCCUACUUUAUAGACAGAGAGAGCACACUACGCAAACUGCACCACCUCCAGAUCGCCUCGACUGCCAUCAAGGUUACAGAAACAAGGACUGGCCCUCUAGGAUGCAGUAACUAUGACAACCUCGAUUCUGUCAGUUCGGUUCUGGUUCAGAGUCCUGAGAACAAGAUUUAUUUACAAGGGCUUCAGGCUAUUCUGCCUCACUACCUGAAGAGCCGAUUUGUCCAGGCAGCCCUCAGCUACAUCAGCUGCCACUCCGAAGGCCAAUUUAGGUGCAAGGACAAUGACUGCUGGUGCGAGUGCAGUGUGGAUUUCCCCCAGUGCAACUGCCCCACUGAGAACCUGGAGGCCAUGCAGGACAGCCUGAGGCUCAUAAGAGAGUCCUAUGACCAAGUCAACCAUGAGUUUGAGGAGUCAGAAGAGUUCCAGAAUUUUGUGCGAAGAUUACCGACGUUCUACGCUCUCAACACAUCUGCUAUAAGAUACUUUUGGAAAAUGGACCCGGCUGUACACCACCGCUUUCAACUGCUGGAGACUAGCACUCGACAGCUCCUCGGCAAAGCACAGCGGAUUGUCAGCAAGCUUUUCACUCUCAGCAAGAGGUGUCGAACUCAGCCCAAAAUAUCUGUGCCCAAAGAAAGGUCUUACAGUUACUGGAUGAACUACAUCCUUUCCCUUAUGUACUGCGGAGAAAAUAAUCAGCUAGGCACAUAUAUGGAAGAGAGAAGGGCCUGCUCUUGUCAGCAUGAGACUCCGUCCUGCCAAGGUAUCAUUCCAUGCAUGGUGGGUGAGGGGCAACUUUGUUCUUCCUGCUCCUAUGAGAACCGGUCACGGUGUGCCAGCUGUAACCCGGGUUAUACCCUGAGUCAAGGACUGUGCAGGAACAUCAUCCCUGACUCCACUGAUAACUACAUAGGUUUUGAGACCGAUCUCCAGGACCUCGAGUUGCGCUAUCUCCUCCAGAAGCGGGAUGGCCGAAUCAGCAUCAAUGCCAUGUUCAUUAGCAGCGAAGUCAGGCUCAACAACUGGUUCGACCCUUCAUGGAGGAAGAGGAUGCUCCUGACGCUGAAAAGCAACAAGUUUAAGUCCAGUCAUGUGCACAUGCUCCUGGGGAUUUCCCUUCAGAUCUGCCUUACUAAGAACAGCACCUUGGAACCCGUGUUGUCUAUCUACAUCAACCCAUUUGGAGGGAGUCACUCAGAGAGCUGGAUCAUGCCCAUAGACCAGAACAAUUACCCUGACUGGGAGAGGACCAAGUUAGACAUUCCCCUUGACUGUUAUAACUGGACGCUUACUCUGGGGAACAAGUGGAAGACGUUUUUCGAGACUGUACACAUAUACCUGAAGAGUCGCGUCAGAACAGCCUCAGCCCAUGGAAACGGCACAAUCUUUUAUGAGCCAUUGGACUACAUGGACUCAUCACGGAAUCUGGGUUAUAUGAAAAUCAACAGCAUGCAGCUGUUUGGUUACAGCAUGCAUUUUGAUCCCGAAGCAAUCCAGGACUUGAUCCUGCAGCUGGACUAUCCAUACACACAGGGAUCCCGGGAUUCAGCCCUGUUGCAGCUGUUAGAGAUCCGAGACCGUGUUAACCGACUGUCUCCACCAGGCCAGCAGCCUCUGGACCUGUUCUCCUGCUUACUGCGCCAUCGCCUAAAACUCUCCACUAAUGACGUGGUUCGAAUUCAGGCUGCUUUACAGGCCUUCAGUGCAAAACAGCCCAAUUCAAUGGAGUAUGAAACUACUAAACUGUGUAGCUAAUCAGACACUUUACUCUGUUCCUAACACUAAAGCAUAAACCAGAUCAUGCUUUAAAGAAUUUUAAAUCAUUUUUUUUAACUUCAGGAACAUUAAUAUGACUUUCAGUGGACAUUUGCAGUCCAUGCAUCUCUUUAUCAUUUUCAAACUACCUUCAUGGUUUAAAGUAUUUCAGUAGUAAUGUACUUGAAUUUAAUUUCCAUACUGCUAAUUAUUAUUAAUAGAGUAGUCUAAAUGUGGAUCACUGGAAUUUAGCUUUCGCUUCAGAGUUUUGACAGUUUUGAUUUCAUCAUGUGCAUAACAGACAGUACUCAUGUAAAUUGGUGUAAUCUGACCAUCCUUUUUGGACGAAUCCAGACCUCUUCAUCUGUACAGCUCUAUCUCUCAACCCUGUAACACUCGCAUAUUACUGUAUCUGCUUCAGCAGCAGUUGAGUUUGAUGGUAGAAAUAUUUCUCAGAUAUUUGUACAAAUGCAUUAUGACUAUAGGAAUAAUUUUGUUUAAAAGACAUAUGUCCUAACUAUAUGUUCUAUGUGCUUUUAUAUUUAUAAACAUAUUAUUUGUGAAAUAUUACAGAGGUAAUGACAAUUCAAAUGUACAGAACAUGGGUUUGUUAAUACACUAAAUAAAUGAAAUUUUUAUGCGCUGUCUCUGAUGAUUGGGUUUGAGUUUUCAGGGUUUAGUAAUGCCAUAAA